ACUGAACUGGCAGCUGGAGAGUUACAUAUGCAAAUAAUGUGUGUGUUGUGCGGAUACUAUACAUUUGCAGGAAAUUCUUUUUGGUACUGAAGAAUGCCAACAGUGCGUGAAGCUUUAAGGGUCACCAGUAUGUCCCAGAAGUCACUGCGAAGAAAGGCACAAAGCUGGCAAGCGAGAACGUAAAAGGGUCAAGAAAAGAACCAAGUUCAUGGCAUGGUCGAGCACGAGGCUGUGACCCAGAGCCAAAGAAAGGCAUCCAUGUCAGAGAAGCUGCAAGAAAACAGUCAUCUUGCUCCGGCAUCACGCAAUGGCCUUGAUAUGGUGGCCGUGGCGUCCUUCCUCUGCCGAAGCCCAAUUCCCUCCCUCUUUAAAAAUUGCAAGCUGCAAGCCAUUCUCUUGCCAUCUCAAAAGUGAAGAAGUAUCACUCUACUGGUGCUAGUAGCUAACUCAAAGCAGCUAGCCACGAUGACGCUGCCCACCGUCGUCUUGGUCCAGAUCCUCCUCCCAAUUCUGCUCUUGCUUUCUGCCGUCAGAGGUAAAUCACCCUCUUGCUUGUCGAGCUCCGUGCGUGAACCCGCACGGCACGGGCUCGUAUUGACAUUGUUCUUCCGCGCAGGCGCGGACGCCGGCGGCAUCGGCGUCAACUACGGCACGCGGGGGACGACCCUGCCGCCGCCAGCCGACGUGGCGCGGUUCCUAGCCCGCGACACCCUCGUCGACCGCGUCAGGCUCUUCGACGCCGACCCCGCCGUGCUGCAGGCCUUCGCCGGCACCGGCCUCGCCGUGGACGUGACGGUGCCCAACGGCGUGGUCCCGCGCCUCGUGAGCCUCGCCUUCGCGCGGCGGUGGGUGGGCGAGAACGUGGCGCCCUACGCGCGCGCCACCAACAUCUCGCGUCUCCUCGUCGGCAACGAGGUGACCACCGAGGCCAACCGGACGCUGCUGCUGGCCCUCGUGCCGGCCAUGCAGAACCUGCACACCGCGCUGGUGGCCGUGUCCCUGCACGGCCGGAUCAAGGUCUCCACCACGCACUCGCUCGGGGUCCUGACGACGACGGAGCAGCCGUCGGCCGGCCGGUUCCGCGACGGCUACGACACGGCCAUCGUGAAGCCGCUCCUCCGGUUCCUCCGCGCGACGGGCGCGCCCUUCAUGGUGAACGCGUACCCGUUCUACGGGCUCACCAACGACACGCUGGACUUCGCGCUGUUCCGGGUGAACGCCGGCGUCAUGGACGAGGGCUCCGGCGUCGUGUACAGCAACAUGCUCGACGCGCAGCUGGACGCCGUGCACUCGGCGAUCAGGCGGCUGGGCUUCGGCGACGUGGACAUCGCCGUGUCCGAGACCGGGUGGCCGUCGGCCGGGGAGGACUGGGAGGUCGGCGUGGGCGCGGAGCUCGCCCGGGACUACAACAAGAAGGCCAUCCGGCACCUCGGGUCCGGCGUCGGCACCCCGCUCAUGCCCAACCGCACCUUCGAGGUCUCCAUCUUCUCCCUCUUCGACGAGAACCUCAAGCCCGGGCCGGUGUCCGAGAGGAACUUCGGCCUGUUCCGCGGCGACAUGACGCCGGUUUACGACGCCGGCAUCUUUACUGAUCCGGAGACCGUUGUGCCGGUGAGCACGAAACUGACACCGGCGGCAGGCCAGGGAGCGGCGGCGGCGGCUGGUCGGCGGCAAUGGUGCGUGCCAAAGCCGGCGGCGGACGAGAUGAUGCUGCAGGAGAACAUCGACUUCGCGUGCGGGCAAGAGGGCGUCGACUGCGCCGCGAUCCGGCCGGGCGGCGUCUGCUACGAGCCGGACACAUUGCAGGGCCACGCGGCGUACGCUAUGAACCUCUAUUUCCAGUCCAAUGGCCAGCACGCGUUCGACUGCGACUUUGGCCAGACCGGCGUUCUUACUACUGCUGACCCCAGUUUUGGAGGAUGCAAAUUCACGUGAAGAGGACCCGUCACAUAAGAAGAUUUCUUCUGUUUUUGUGUUCGAUGUGUCAAGUAAUGUGCUGUCCUUGUUAGUGUGCACACAAAAGUGUAGUACAAAGUGGUCACGUUGCAACUUGUAACUCGAUGAGGAGGAGGCCCAUUUUGCUGCAUGCAUGGAGAGGAGUUCUAGAAGUUAGUCCAUUGGGCAAGGGGUGUUUGUUGUUCCUAAUGUCAUAGGAUAAAACUAGCUAUAUUUGUUGUCAUAUUCUUUUUUGUUUUUAUAAAACAUAGUACGGAUACAGAGAGGGUGGUGUAUGCUUCUAUGUGCAUCUCUGAGAGAAAGACUAUGGUUGUAUUAAGAUCAAAAGUGUAGUGGACGUGCAAAUAUCAAUGUAUCAUGCAUGAUAAA